AAGCGAGAGGAUUCCUUGCCUUUCCGGACGACGGUCUUUUGCGGACGGCUGCGAAUGAGAGAGUUGUGUAACAUACCGCCGUUCCGCCGUAAUCCCGCGUGUUCAGUCGUGUCUCCCUUUGUGACAAUGUAAACAGCACACUACCGAGCUCUUUUGCGAUCGCAUCCUCGACGUAUCCGGCGGCUUCGGCGGGGAGGAAAUGUCUCUUCGCUGCGCCACCAGUGAGAGAAAGAGAGAGCGAGCACGGGGAAUGUUAUGUUUAUAUCUCGGCUGAGAGGACGCAGCAUCUUGCAUUAUCUCGCGAACAACUCCCGUCGAAUACGUCGAGCGUCGAGUAGUACGCGGGUGUGCGUGUGUCGUGGGUGUGCGAGAAAAAAAAAAUGGGAUGCGACCAACGACGGCGACGUCGGUGCACGGUUUAACAAGCGAUGCCGCGACAGGCGCACACAACCGCCGCGUCGUUUCCCGACGUUUCGUCCGCUGACGAUGCCAAAGUCGCAGGUACUGUCAUGGACACAGAUGUAGAGAUCGGCAAAAGUGAAGGGUGUGAAAAUAUUGCGGGCUGCUCUGGUUACUCUAGCAUGGUGCACAGCAAGAAAGUAAUUAAACACGCGCUACGACAGCAGGCCAAGCGGCGCAGAAAGAACACAACAAUAGCGUCGGGCAAUUCGCGCACGUUGCCCAGAAUCGUGGUGAAACCGCUUCCACCACCUCCGCCUGACGAUCCGCCGUCUCCGGUUAAUAACACGCAGCACAUUAACGCUGCAGUGGAAGAACCAGCUGCCACAAUGAGAGAAGUUUUGGCUAGUCUACCUGGAUUUAGCUUGAAGUCAGGUCGUAGACGAUCCACAAAGAGACUGUCAGCAACCGCACAACUAGAAGCCGGUCUUGUGGAUUUGGAAUCUCCCGCGAGCAUAUUAGCAAGUACGAGCUUACGUUCUCUGUUAAAUAGGCAUACAUUUCAAGGUUUACCUCCAUUGUAUCAACGGAAGCUCGCACAACUUCUGCCCGCUGUAGAUCGACAGGACGCUGCUAUUUCUGGAUUGAACAAUGAAUUUUUUGCGAGAGCUUGUUUAGAAUGGCGGAAACGUUUGGCAGAAGGAGAAUUCACACCGGAAAACCAGCAACGUUUGAAAAUGGAGGCUGAACGGGAUAAAAAUAAAUUAGAUCCGUGGAAAGUGAAACACUUCGAACCGAUAUGGGGAGAAAAACGAGAGCCUAAACUUAAGUCGGCCCUCCAUUAUUUUACGGAGCGUUCUACCGGCGCGGUAACGCGUUCAAGUUUAAGACUUCGUUUAGAAUCCAACACGGAUAUUCCUACAGUGGAACAUGCUGUCUGUCCUAUGAUGACCGAAGACAAGGUCGAUACCAAUUGUAAAGCCGAAAUCAGCAUAAAAAGUUCUGAUGAUUUGACUAAUCCUGAAGAGGUGCAACCGAACCUAAUGCCUUUGGAUUAUAACGUAUUGUCAGACAAUUUGACUGAUGAGAAACAAUUGGACGAUCCCAUGCAGGUGAGUUCCGUCGAGGUGACGGAAGACAUUCAAAUGCAUGAAAGUAAAACGGAAGAAACGGAGAAACUCGCGAAUAUUUGCGAGAAACAAGACACAACCGAGAGCAAUGACAUUGCGAGACAAGAUAUUUGUCAGGAAAAUAUCUCGAAUGUUUACGAGGAAGAUACAGAUUUUUCCAACGAGAAAAAUCUGCAGCCUAUAGAAAAUAAUGUAAUCGAAGCGUCCGAAGAGGACACUGUGUUGCUGCCCGACGAUAAUUCGUCACCGAGAUCUAGCGAACAGAUAGAACACGGAUCGCACACGUCCGGAGAAUCAAUUUCGCAGUUGUCCGCCGACUAUAUAUCGCAAACAUCCAUGGAACAAAUUCCUCAAAUUUCGAAGGAACAAAUCUCGCAAAUGUCGACUGAUCAAAUUUAUCAAAUAUCCGACUGCGAGACUACGAGCAUUCUUGAAAAUUCAUCGCCGCAAGAUCAGGUUAGGCCUGCGGAUAUUGUUAUGGAGGACACCGGUUUGAUUAAUAGCGAUCAAGUCGAAACAACACAGACCUCUCAUGAGAAUUCAGCGGACAGCGAGUCGCAAAUUCCAGAAGGAAUGGAAAUUGACAGCGAAACUUUACAACGUAUUCAUGAACUUGAGGUUCAAGGAGAAAUGCGUGAAAUGUAUGAAGAGAUUUCGGGAUGUCCGGAAGAAAUAAUAUAUCCUAUUCUUGAGGGUAUGGAAAUGGCUUCAACCAACGCAGAAGUGACGGAACAGCAAGUGGUAUCUGGUCAAGCUGAAGAUACUAGAGGAACAGAUGUAAAUGCCAGUAAUGAGGAUGAAGCUCUUCGAGAGGCGAAUAAUUACGUCUGUUCCGAAAUGAUGGAAUGUAGUUGGACGGUGGAUCCGACUGUUAAUAAUAUCAAUAGUAAUAAUAAUAGGACGCAAGAGGAGCUGCAAGUACCUUGGCCUUUGGUGGCAGCUGCUCUCGAUGGGUCUGUAGCAGCUAACAUUACAGUAACAACGCAAGACGAAUGCAGCGAAACCUCGACAACGACUGACUCCACGACUUCAUCGCAACAAUUUAUUAACACAGACACCAAUGUCGAAUCGGUUAACUGUAUUCAGUUGCCGGUUGUUCAAGGAACUACUUUUCAAUCGGAUGGCUUAGCCAUCAGCACGCCAGGAAACAGUUGCGUUAUGAAGAAUCUGCAAUCGCAAAGUCCGCCGAUUAUCACGUUUCCACCAUUGCAGUCCAUCAGAUUCGUGCAGACCAGUUUUAAUCCAGAACAAGAAACGUCCUCGCUGACGAAUAAUUCGUCUACGAUCUCUGCCCAACUUCAGCCUCAGCAAAAUACCACCGCGCAAGUUAACAUGAUACGACCGCAGGACACGAUCGCUCAGAUAAAUACUCAGAACAAUGGCGCGCGCGGUAACGUGAAUCAGAACGCCAUUGCGACGCAGGGUCAAGUGCAAAAUACUCUCUCGACCACCAUGGGAGUGCAAUCUCAAAACCGUGCGCAGAACGCGAUCGUUAUUCAACAACAAACUUCUACUCAACCUCGACAAAUUGCAGCAGCUGUGCAGCAACAACAACAAGCGCAGCAACAGCAACAACAAUAUGCCGGAUCAUCCGUAACUGUCUCGCGAACCUCACGUGUAUCCAAUCAAGGUAGCCAAAGAGGCUCCAGAAGUGGCAAAGAACAAGGAGGAAAUCGGUCGAGAAGCUCCACAAAAGAGCCUCCGGGUGCUGUUAAUCUCGAACGCAGCUAUCAGAUAUGUCAAGCAGUCAUACAAAGUUCACCAAAUAGAGAUCAAUUGAAAGCUCAUUUAAAACCACCGCCUAGUUUGCUUGCCAGAGGAGACGGUGCAUUCACAACUAGUAAAUCUGGUGGGCGUACCUUGACGACAGUCAAAUCUCAGAAAACGCAGCAAGCGAUACAAAAUAAACAAGCUCAAAAUAAAACGCAAUCAGUCAUGCUGAGACACGUAUUCGCUACAACUCGUCAAGCUACGUCAACGGAGGUUGCAGAAAACACUCCUAUAGCGCAACUUGGUUCCACAACCAGCAACGGUCUUGGGCAAUAUAUACUUGUACAAAGAACGGGAGUUGGGGAUGGUGCACCGAGAGCGUCAUCCGCUCCUCCACUACCACCGCAGAUCGCAGGAGUGGGCGUUGGGGUCCAUUUGGUGCGAGGGAGACCAGCGAGCGCUGGGGAAGGAUCUCACCAGGCCGUCACUUUGAAGGCGAGAGGCGCGGAUAGUAGAGUAACGGGCGGUGCGGAACCCGGUGCACCCGGGAUGAUAAUUGGCGGCGAUCCACCACCUCCGUGUGAAUGUAAUAUGCGAGGAGCCAUGGUAAUAUGUCGGCAGUGUGGUGCCUUUUGCCACGAUGACUGCAUCGGGCCUCAACGUAUCUGUGCUACCUGCCUCAUACGUUAAAUCGUUCUCUUCACCCAACUGUUUGUCUAUAAAUUCUGAUCCGUUUUGAGAUCAAGAGUGCUGAGCUUCCCGAUUGAUUGAUAAGUUAACAGAAAACACCAAACAACACGUUGUUAUACUCGUUGUAAAUUUACGAUGCAAUAUAUUGGAAGAAUUUCUGGCGACACAGAGAAACAGAAAAUCAUCGAAAAACUCGAAUUAUUUAUUCCGAGAAUUACAAGUUGCUACAUCCAGCACUCUUACAUUAACGGAAGUUCUUGCAGCUCGAGGAUAAUAAAGGAUACAGUUAUAGGUAUUGGAAGAUUCGUACAUAAAUUUUUCUUUUUGAUUUUUUUUUUUUUUAAACAAUUUUACUGAUGAAAAUACAUAGCAUAGAAACAUCCAUAGAGAAUAUUCACUCAUCUUCACUUUCUCUUCGAAAUCAUCAAACUCUAGUCUGUAUAUCAUAAUCUACUUAUUCCACGUUUUACACUUAUUUAUUGCUAUUUAUUGUUGGUAACGGCUUUUAUAUAUAUAUAUAUAUAUGUUUGUUUUUUUUUAGGUUUUACAAACUUUUUAGUGUAUUAAUAUCGCCACUUUACAGCUGUAAUUUGUAAAAAAAAUAACGUUUGUUUUUUGCGAUAUCAUUUACUAAUGACACUAUUUGGUGAUUUAAUAACGCGAUAAUGUACAUAAAACGUAAUUCCGCAUGCUAAUACCGACCGUUUCGACUGUAUCCUUGAGAUCCUCGCUUUAAAAGUUUACGACGAAAGCAAAAAAAAAGUCUCUCAUAUACCGACCCUUAAUACAGUCUUCCACUAAAAAAACAUCACACUCUGUAAUAUGUAUGUUUGUUAUUUAUUUAUUAACACGAAUUUAUUUUUAUUAUAUAUAGCUACGUAGAGGAUAUUCCUGUACACGUUGAUCUCAUGUACAUGUUGAAACUAAACGACGAAUCCUUUGUACAUGCUCUCUUUUAAUCAUUCCUUUGGAAUAUACAUAUAAUAGGAAGAUCUACCGAGCUGAGUAAUCUUUAAUAUAUAGUUCAGGCUAUCUUUUGCACAUGUAUUAGUACAUGUUAUAUAUGUCAAACUAGCGUUGUCGGACAUUGUGUACAGGAACAGUAAACAAAAAUUGAUCAUAAGAGAAUGAAUAACUGAAUAAAAGAUAACAUUUUAUUGCAAAUAAUAAGAGAAAUAACUGAAUAUUCAUAGCUAAUAACAUAAAACUAUACAUAUGUAGCCUGUAUCGUUCGAUUUUAAUUUUUUACAUAAUAACUCUCGAAAGUUUGUUAGUUGAACUUGAGGAAUGAUUUAUUGAGAAACUUGCGAACGAUUUUUUAUCAUCAUCGUAACUUUAUUCGUAUUUUUUUUUGUUUUUUGUUAAAAUUAUCGACAACCAGUCUCUGUGUACAAUCAUUUUACAAUAAUGAUCGUCCAGUGUUAAAAAAUCCAUUUUAGACACAUCAUUUCCGGCAGUGUUUUAGAAUAAUUUUAUCUCUAAUUUGAGCACGACGCAUUAUAAGUAAGUGCUACAACUGUACACCUCAUGAUUACUGAUAAGUGUAUUGAAAUACAAUUCAACUUUUUCUCUCUCAUGUUUGAGCUAAUUUAACGAGCGUGGCAGCUGUCUCAAUGUUAAAAUACUAAGAAGUAUAAAAUCGAAGUAACUUAAUAAGUAAAUUUUACAGAUAUUCAAGUAAAUAAUACAAUUUUAUCUUUAAGUUUACUUUGCACAUUUUCUCAAAACAAAAAAAAAGGAACUUGUUAUUUCAAUAUAACUUUGUACAGUAAUUUUUCUUUUUUUUUCAAUGAGUGUUUGUUGAUUUUGUACCAAAACUUUAACAAUACUCAUGAUUCGCGCGAAUUUUUAGUUUGCAAAUAUUUUUUAAUCACCAGAACUUGACCUUUUGUAUAAAUGUGAAUCCAGUACAUCGAUUAAGUCGUAAUAAAUAUUCUGUGACAUUUGUUUGUUCUGGCACAGAAUAUUAAAAAACAAUGAUACAAGCCUUGCACCUUUUUUUUAUAGUGCAAGAACUUAUCACAUCAUGAUUUGUUUUCGGCAUCUAAGAGAAUAAAGACGCAAAGAGUAAAUCUAUCUUUAGGCAAACAGUAAAUCUAUCUUUAGGUUGCAGGCGUGAUUGCAACGCUAGUCUUUUAAUAAAUAAUCAUUUCUAUUCUUUUGUAAAUUGUUUAUUUUUAACCGAGAAUUUUUGCCAGUGCGAGACAAUGACUGAGAAGCAGAUUAUGAUGUGCUGUUGUAGCAAAUAUGCAUUUUACGUAUAUGUAUUCGUUUUCUCCCUCAUUAUUAUUACCGUACAUACAAAAUCGUAAGUAGAUUUUUUUCAGACAUUGUUACGAUUAUCCCAAGAAUUUUGGAGGUUUUGAGGUAACAGCAUGCUACAAGCGGCACACCGCAACGAAGAAUGUGCCAGAUUCUUUUAACUUACAUUUAAUUUCUGACGUUAUUAUUAUUGUUGUAAAUUAAAGCUAUUUAAGAUAGCUUGUAAUAAGUUGUGUCUCAAUAAUAACUUACUUCUGUUUUAAAUUUCAUCUAUUAAUUAAGAAAAUAGAAUAUAUAUAUUUCCUCAUUUUUUAAGUAUAUUUAAUAAAAC